CGUGUUUGACCUGUCAGCCGUUCGAUGACGUCAUUGCAAGAUGGCGCCGGCCGGGGAGGGGGAGGAAGGAACAGAGGCAAACGGAUAUACAAGUUUGGUGGUUGUGCCCCCCGAGCAGAUGGACCCUCGGCCCCUGUUUCAGGAGGUGGAUGCCUUGUGCCAGGACAAUAUCCUUCAUUUUCGGGAGUCUGGCUCUGAAGUGUCUUCCCGCCUGGUGCAGGCCUUCUCCUGUAUCCAAGAUGAUGCCCGGGGCCUGGAGCCUGCCCUGCGCGCUCUGGCUGCCGUGUGUCCUCUGUUUGACCUGGACCCCGACACUCCGGCUAACGGGUACCGCAGUCUGAUUAAGGUGGUGUUGGCCUGCACCCAGCACAUCCUGCACAAGUGCCGCUACGUCGCUGCCAGCCGCCGCAGCCUCUUCUUCAGGGCCGCACACAACUGUUCCGAGCUCGAGGCCUACGGAGCCGCUCUCACCCAGCUUCGUGCACUGCUCUGUUUUGCACAACGUCUGCUCACCGCUAACCGUCAUGGCGACCUGUUCUUUCGCCAGGAGCGAGGCUUGUCGGAGGAGUUCGUAAAAGAGUACAGCACUAUGCACAAAGGCUGCUUCUAUGGACGGUGCAUGGGCUUCCAGUUCACCCCGUCCAUCCGCCCGUUCCUGCAAACUAUUUCCAUCGGGCUCGUGUCGUUUGGGGAGAAUUACAAGCGCCAUGGAUCUGGAAUAAGUGUAGCUGCCAGCUCCUUCUUUAUCAGUGGCAAGUACGCCAUUGACCCUGAGCUUCGAGGGGCAGAGUUUGAGAGGAUCACACAGAACCUGGACGUGAACUUUUGGAAAGCGUUCUGGAACAUCACAGAGAUGGAGGUUCUGACAUCGCUAGUGGGCAUAGCCUCCACUGCUGUCCGCAUCAACAAGACCCUGAUUGUGCCCCCCGAGCCGCUGGAGAUGCCGCUACUCUCAGACCCUCAGUGUACGGUGACCAUCAAUCCACCUGUAGCCCACACUGGUCCUGGCCCCGUUCAUAUGCGUCUCAUAUCCUACCAGCUGCGGGAGGGACAGGAGAGUGAAGAACUGAACGCUUUCACCAAGCCCGAGGGUCCGCUGAGCCUGGACCUUCGUCUCCGAUCUCGUCCUGCCCCGCUCUCUCCCGACCUGAUUGUCCACUUCCAUGGCGGGGGCUUUGUAGCCCAAACCUCCAAGUCUCAUGAACCCUACCUGAGGACCUGGGCUCAGGAGCUGGAGGCCCCCAUCUUGUCUGUGGAUUACUCCCUAGCUCCUGAGGCUCCUUUCCCGCGGGCGCUGGAGGAAUGCUUCUACGCGUACUGCUGGGCGCUGAAGCACUGCCGCCUCCUGGGUUCCACAGGAGAGCGGAUCUGUCUGGCGGGUGACAGUGCUGGCGGUAACCUCUGUAUCACCGUCUCGCUCCGCGCAGCCUCUGUUGGUGUCCGAUUACCAGAUGGUCUCAUGGUUGCCUAUCCAGCGACAUUACUGCAGGCUACAGCGUCCCCCUCCCGCCUUCUGACCCUGAUGGACCCGCUGCUGCCCCUCAGUGUCCUGUCAAAGUGUCUAAGUGCAUAUGCAGGCACCGAGCGGGUCCCAGUAGAGGAUCGAGCGCUGGAGAAGCUGAGUGCUGUCAGUCAGGUGAAGCGAGGAACUGCGCUGUUUCUUAGAGACAUCCGGCAAGGAGCUGCCUCCUGGCUGAGCAACCUGAUGGAGGGCAACAAGGAGAAGACUAGUCCUGAGACCGUCAGGAAAAGCGCAUCGGAUGCAGCACUGGCGGACGUGGGAGCAGUAAACAGACGGGUGUCGAUGAAGAGUAAGACCGUCCAGGAUUUCAGCCGCCAUCAGUACAGCGGGUGCAGCUCGACCGCUGGAGCCCUGAGCCAGCAGAACCAGCCGAGAGGAGCACAGAGCAGAUCAGAGGGCAGCACUGGGAGGAGGCCGCAGUCACCGCCAUCCCCGUCCAUCCUGUCUGACCCCGGAGUAGGCGAACUGCAAUCUCCAUCCAGCCAGCAGGAACCGGUUAACUUCUUCUUGACCGAGAGUGAGGACUCCUAUGAGAAAGAACCGGCAGCACACUCUAAGGAGAACAUCCCCCCGGAGGACACGUCCUCUCCGUCUUCCAGCCUUUUCUCCCUGGGGUUCCCUGAAGGAUUCCAGCCUAUCCGCUCCCAGAAUGGGGUGGCGAAUAUGACCCUGCAGACCUCCGCCAUUGUACACAAUCCCUACAUGUCCCCGCUCCUGGCACCCGACAGUAUGCUGCUAGGCCUUCCGCCCAUUCACAUUGUGGCCUGUGCCCUGGACCCCAUGCUGGACGACUCUGUGAUGUUUGCGAAGAGGCUGCGCUCCCUCGGCCGUCCGGUCACGCUAAAAGUGGUGGAAGAUCUUCCUCAUGGCUUCCUGACCCUUGCACACCUCUCCCAAGAGACAAGAAACGCCACCAACGUGUGCAUCCAGCGCAUCCGACAGAUCCUGCGAGAGGAGCCUCCUGCCCCACCCCCCACUGUCCCCAGAAAACACCGCAAGCUAGAAAGGACCCUGGGGAAGACCCCGGUGACUGAGCGAGAGAUUGGGGCCUGAGACUGUAAUAACCUUCAUAAAGUGCAAUGCUUAACGCUUCACUCCUCACUCCCAUUAUAACGGGGGUCACCAGCAGAGGGCAGAGCAGACCGGCUGCAGUGGAGCCCCACGGGUAAUGCCAGCUGUGUGCAGGAGACACCAGACUCUGUACUAGGGUUGUUGCGGGUAUCGAAAUAACGAUACCCAAUUGAUACUUUUGUCACGGGUUCGAUACAAUACCAGAAUUUGACAUUUAUCGAUGCAUCAGAGAACAUGGAGCGCGCACGUGAUCUCC